ACGUUCGAUUUUUAAUCUGUGCUGAUUUUGUUAAUUGUAUUUUUUUAUUCGUCGCGUUCGGUGCCUUGACCAUUCGGCGUUUUGUGUUUAUUUAAAUUUAUUUCUUGAAGAUGAUAAAUGGUUACAGAAUACAAUAUUUCCUAUAUUUUGCUAUAAAGUAGUUUGUGUAUUGAUAUAUCAAUAAUUAGAUAUAUAUUUGUACUGUGUUUCAUAUCAUAAAGUGUUUCAUCAUUCACGUGGCUUGAUAACUCCAUACUAAGAAUCUCUACAGUAUUAUAGUAAUUUAUUUUAACAAAAUGUAUCUGGUAAUACUGUUUGCGGCGACUGCUCUGCUGGGCUCCAGCCGGUCAGCGAAUGUCAACAAACACAUGAAGCUAUUGACAGAACUAGAUAACAGUAUUGAUAAUAAUGUGGCACCAACAAAACGUCAAUCAUUAGCUCGUCGGUUUCUUACGAUAACGCAGCGCCCCAACGCGACGUACGCGCACUCUAGCGGCGAAGUGCUAGAACUAACGUGCGACGCGGUCGGUGCGCCCGCGCCCUCUAUACAUUGGUUCCGAAACGAUGCGCCGGUUUAUGAGUAUGACGUCGAAUCGAAUGAGUUGAUAGACAGCAAUCCUACCUCCCUCGCGAGGACCAUAUCCACCCUCCUCGUGACGAAGACUUCAGGACAUGAUGUGUAUACUUGUGUGAUUAACGCGGGAGAGAAGACAGCGAGGGCUACCACUGUCGUGUAUGGCAAAGAUGACGGGACUCCGCUAUCAGAGCGAGUAAAGCUCUUUCCUCUGGAGCCGCGCAUCGUAGUGACUUACGAGAUGUAUCUGGAUGUCAUCGGCAACAACAUAGUGCUGCCCUGCAGGGUCAAGGGCCACCCCCGACCUCAUGUCACGUGGAGGGAUAACAAGGGGGCUGUUGUUAAACGGGACCCUAGGAUGAAGGUCCUCAAGUCAGGUGAGCUGGUGAUCUCAUCCCUGCGCUGGACCGACAUGGGAGAGUUCUCGUGCGAGGCCACCAACAUCUUCGGCUCACAGAUGGCUAAAACAUUCGUGUAUCCUGCUAAAGCCGGAUAAACACACAAACACACACGCAAGCGUCGAGAAUACUUAAACUGGAUGUUCCUGGUACUUUUAAGUUAAAUUAGGGCCGUUCCACACUGCGCCGGCAAACGCUGCGGUUAUUUACAAGUAACGCUCCUUUACAAUAUAUAUUUUUGAAACUAAGUAUAUACGAAUCUUAUUAUUGUAAUUUUCAUACAUAGUUAUUUGAAGAAAAUAUUGUCAAACAAAAAUUGUUUUGUAACUUAAAAAUUUUGAUGGAUUUUGUAGUAAGCAAAAUUUUAUUCAAUUAUCUUAAAAGUAUUUUUCUUAAUUAAUAUAUAUUCGUUAAUAACGCCUAUUACUA